AUGUUAAGUUCACAAAACAUCGAUGCAAACAAGAUACAUGAUAAAAUUGAAGAAAUGGAAAAAAUGAAAGGAAAUAUUUUUGUUAAGAAUAUGGCUAAUACAGUGAAAGAUAUGAAUAAAAAUCGUAUAUUAAAUUAUCGUCCUAUAUUUCUUGUACGUAAUCCUGCUGAGGUUAUUGUAUCACAUAUUAAACUAGAUCAAUCUAUAACGGGCGAAGAUCUUUGUUUCGAACAUCAAGUAAAACUAUAUGAUUGGUUUCAAGAACAAACAAAAGAAGAUCCUCUUGUUAUUAAUGCUAAUGAAUUGAUAAAAGAUCCGAAGUCGAUAUUAACAGGACUUUGCGACAAGUUGAAUUUACCAUUUACAAACGAAAUGUUAUCGUGGCCCGCUGGGCCAAAACCCAUUGAUGGUGUCUGGGCUUCAGCUUGGUAUAAUGCAGUUCAUCAAUCAACUGGUUUCGGUCAACCUAGUUCAACUAAAUUAACUCGUGAUGAUGUCCCCAGUGAAUUCCUUGCGCUCUACGAUGAAGUUUUACCUUACUAUCGCAAAAUUUUAUCUCAUAGUUUUCUAGAUUGA